UGUUCCAGUUCCAUAUCCUGGAUGAAAGAUUAUUGCUUCUCCAUCGGUCGGGUUGUACAGGCCAUGGCGCUUGGUCCUAUAUCCUUCUAGACAAUUCCUUGCUCAUGUCCGACAUGCAUCUAGUUAGCCUCAUCAGGCAACUGACGUUGGACGACAAGGCUGUGGAGUGACAGCAGCAUCUGUUUAAAACCAAGCCUUGUCACAGUACUGUACGUUGUAGUACCAAGCCCUAGCAGAGCCUUCACCAAAAUAGAACACUCCCCUAAGCUAGGUUGAGCUGACAAUUCCAGUCAGGUUGUAUUGGGGGCAAAAAUGCGUCGGAAGACACGGUUUGUCUGUGUUUCCGAUACGCACGCCUACACACCGUCAGAGGCUGGCUUCAAACUUCCAGCUGGAGAUGUCUUAAUCCAUGCUGGCGACCUCACCAAUCACGGGAGCUCCGCCGAAUUGCGCAAGACAAUGAGUUGGAUCGCUACGGCUGAGUUCGAAGUCAAAAUCAUUAUCUGCGGGAACCAUGACAUUACACUAGACCCGGGUUUCUAUGCUGAAUACGGGUCCCAGUUUUACGGUCAGCGUCUAGAAGAUACCCAGAAAUGCAUCGAUAUCGUGACUCAAGCAUCACCUUCAAUAAUUUAUCUCAGGCAUCAGUCAGCACUAGUCCGGCUGACGCGAUCCAACGGCCCAAAUACUGUCUUCAAAAUCUUUGGUUCUCCAUAUUCCCAAUCAUCCGGGUCUUGGGCAUAUGGGUACGAAUCUUCAAAUGCUGUUGCGCUUUGGAACAUCAUUCCAUUGGACACGGAUAUUGUCGUAACGCACACGCCACCUUGGUCUCACUGCGAUAGCCGGACAGAAGGCAUAUCAGUUGGAUGCAAAGCCCUGCGGGGUGCGUUGAGCAAAGUUCGACCGCUGCUGGCAGUUUGCGGUCAUGUGCAUGAAUCUCGAGGGUCUGAGAGGGUGCGAUGGUAUCCGAGGCCAACAGCAGCAACAGUGGACAGACAAGGACAGCAGGAUCAAGUUGUCCGGAAUGUUCUGCCUCCUCCAGGAAGUAGAAAACAGAGCCUUGUCGAUCUCACUGGCAAGAGGGCACCAAAGUUAGAUAAUGAUCAAUUUGCUGUCAACAACAUUCGAGCGCUUGUCGGCCAACUGUUCGGACCAUCACAGAAUGCCCUACUAUUGCCGUUGCCCGAGCGGCCGUCGGAAAGGCUUCAAGGCUCCGAAGCCGAUCAACCAACGUCAUCCUCUCCGUUUUCAUGCCUGAAAGAACAUCAGAGCGGCGAUCAGGACGGGCCAUACACUCAGCGGCGCGAAACAUGUAUAGUCAAUGCAGCGAUCAUGGCAACCAGUUGGCCGCACCGAGAUGGGAAACGGUUCCAUAGUCCUAUUGUGGUUGAUCUAGAACUCCCGGUCUGGGAAUAGGGAAAGCAGGAACUGAAUAUCACGGACUAGUCAGUGUAUCCCAUACUUUCUGCCCUGAAUCUUCAAGCUCGGAUUGAAUCGGAUGAUUGGUUUUACAAAGUGGGAUGUCGCUUGCUGUGCAGCAGGCUGCUUGAGCUUUGACCUGCGGUUUGACGUAUGGCUGACCGCUUUGGGUGGGAUGCAUCGGUAGUUGCCUUGGAUUUUGGGGACAGUUCAGUCAUGUAGCUCACCCCCAUACUGUUUUGAGUAUUCGCCCCGAACUGGCUGGGAGUGGUUGUCAGUCACAGUAUGUGAGCAGGAGUAAGUUACAUCAUGACUCAGUGGCAGCAAGGCG